CGAGGUUCGCGAUGGUGGGAUAUGGUGGAGAGUGUGAUUUUUAAAAUGUUAGGUAGGCUUACAGUAUGUUGUGUAGGAUUAUAUUUAUAAUUUGGAAAGUUAUAUUCCAAGGAUUCUGAGAAUUAUGUCACGCCUGGCAGAUUAUUUUGUAAUAGUGGGUUUCGAUCAUGAGCGAGCAAGAAGUGGUAACAGCUAUGGGAAAGUGUUGCAGCGGUUUCCAGAGAAGGACUGGGAAGAUACCCCAUUUUUUGAUGGAAUAGAACUGUUUUGUCAACCACAAGGAUGGAGUUUCUCCACCACCCGUCAGCAGCCCACUUUCUUUGUAUCUGUUCUGACAGACAUUGAUGCCAACCGUCACUACUGUGCAUGUCUUUCUUUCAAUGAACCCGUGGCCAUAACUCCCAGCAAACCACCAGAUGAAGAAGGUGAGGAAGAAGCACUGGACUCUUCAAGUGUUCAACACCAUUCCAUCAUGUAUGCCCCAAAGUGUUUAGUACUUGUCUCCAGCCUGGACUAUUUCACUACUUUUAGAAACUGUUUGGGUAUUAUAUACAGUGUGUACAUAGAAAAUAUGGCAGUUCAGAUGGAAACUCUCAUUGGAAAUAUUUUAGGUUGUGUUCAAGUUCCUCCACCUGGUGGACCUCAAGUACGAUUCUCAAUAGGAGCAGGUGACAGACAAGCAUUACAGCCACCACUCAGUACCACAUUGCCUGUAACACAUGCUACUGUAUACCAGCUAUUUGAACAACUAGGUAGAUUUGUUUAUAAUAGACCAGAACACAUGUUAGACGUGAUAGUUGUGGAUCUUGAUGGUGGAUCUGUUACUAUCCCGGAAUGCAUUUCAGUGCCAAUAUUACCAGAACCACUAAAUUCUCAGUUGGAAACACAACUAUGUAUGGUAUUACGGCCAGAACUAUUAUCGGCUGACGAUGCCUUUCCUCCACAACAGCAGAAAACCUCUUUACCAAAUAUUCUGGAUAAAGAGAUCAGAGCAAUUUUUCUUCGGAUGUUUGCUCAACUUUUACAAGGCUACCGUUCUUGUCUCACAAUUACCAGAAUCCACCCUAAACCAAUUAUCACUUUUCACAAGGCAGCAUUUUUAGGGCAAAGAAACUUUCUGGACUGUGACUUUGUAAGAAAAGUGUUGGACUGCAUGUUUUUCAAUAGUUUUGUCUCUGAGCGAGGCCCUCCAUAUCGUGUCUGUGAUAUUUUUGAUGAGUUGUUUGCAAGUAUACAGGAUCUGUUAAAGUUAGAAUCCAAAGAUCCAGACUUAGUGUUAAAACAUAUCCAGAACCAUGCUCAACAACUUUUGCAGAAUGAAAUCCCUAAUCCUCAGCCAUAUGUUCAGAAAAUACCAAAACCAACAGAAGGGGCUUUUCGAAGGAUACACCAGCCAGUUUUUCCCUUACUGGACAAGAAAAUUGUAGAGGACAUCAUACAAGAUGGACUUUCCAAACAUAAUCUCAGGGCAAAGCUUCAAGCAAUCCGCCCACAACUGCCAAGAGUGGUACCGAUGGGCACCCCAAUUUCUUCACUUCAGGAUGGAAAAGCAGUUAUUACAAACAGUGCUCGACGUUUAGAGGUUAUACGAAACUGUAUCAACUGUGUUUUUGAAAACAAGAUUUCAGAUGCGAGAAAAACAUUGCCUGCAGUCUUAAGGGCCCUCAAAAACAAAACUUCUAGGUUAGCCCUGACUCAAGAGCUAGCCCAGCAUGUGACAGGAAAUAAAGCCAUUCUGGAACACCAACAGUUUGAUUUAAUUAUAAGACUUAUGAAUUGUGCACUGCAGGAUGAUUCCAGUAUGGUUGAGCAUGGAGUUGCAGCAUCAAUUCUUCCUUUAGCUAUGGCAUUUUGCAGGAAAAUGUGCACUGGUGUAAUUCAGUUUGCAUACACAUGCAUCCAAGAACAUCCAGUUUGGGCUAAUCAGCAGUUUUGGGAAGCAGCCUUUUAUCAGGAUGUUCAACGGGACAUCAAGGCCUUGUAUCUUCCACACAAAAAAAAUUUAUAUAGUGGUAAAGAAACAUCGCUUUCUUCUGUUAGUCCUCGUGAAAACAAAGAAUUCAGUCCUAUGUGGAGUAAAGAUAUGGUUAACAGGAAAUCAACUACAUUUAGACCUCCAGAACCUAGUGCCUUGGAAAUAGCUGCAGAACAGAUGAGAUUAUGGCCUAAUAGACCCAAAGAGCAACAAGAAGAGAUGGUGUCUAAUGAAGAGUCAACAGUUUAUAGCCAGGCUAUUCAUUAUGCUAACAGAAUGGUUUCUCUACGUGUGCCACUGGAUGUCAACAAGAAUGCCAAAUCUCCUGUUGAUAUUGAACAGGAAAGCAAUAGUAACAGUAAUAUAACAAACAGCUGUUUCCAAAUAACUAUUGAUCCAUUGAGACCAUUCCAUGCUGAUAUGUACCUUACUGUCCUUGAGCAAGGUGUUGUUGCAAUGCAGAUAGAAACCCUUGAAGCUGUUUACAGAGAAAGUAAACGAUUGCCUCCUAUAAUGAAGCCCAAGAUACUUUUUCCAAGUCUUCUACAAGGAGAAGAGCUUGUUAUGGAAGGACUUCGGGUGUACCUUAUUCCUGAUGGACGAGAGGAUGGAACAGGUGGUAUAAUGGGUGGACCAUCUUUACUGCCUUCCGAAGGAGCAGUUUUCCUUACAAAUUAUCGUAUAAUUUUCAAAGGAACUCCAUGUGAUCCUUUUGCAUCUGAACAAGUAGUUGUUCGUUGUUUCCCGGUGGCUACUUUGACCAAAGAGAAAAGGGUAAAUGUUCAGUGUCUUGCUCAUGUGGACCAGAUUCUUCAAGAAGGUUUACAGCUUCGUUCUAAUACAUUCCAGCUAAUUAAAGUAGCAUUUGAUGAAGAAGUGACAUCAGAGAGUAUUGAAAUGUUGAGGAAGCUAAUACAUCGUGUACAUGCACCACCAACUGUUUACCACCUGUUUGCUUUCAGUAGUAACUUAAGUAUGCCUCAAACUCCACUCCACAAGCAGAAGGAGAAGAAUGCAACUCUAAAGGUUUUAGCCAAGAAGACACUGAUAAGGACAGCCAUGAAAGCUGGCUUUAAGUCAAAACCUUCUAGGAAACAAAAGUAUGUAAUCCAAGGUUUAGCAGGUAUCAACACACUUCCAAGUCCAGGAAGAGGAACCAGUACGAACUUUGACAUUGAAACUGGAGAACGAAGAACUUCUAUGUUUGAUGAUGACAUAUCAAUGCUUGAUGAAGGGGAAUCGAUUAGCAACAAUCCACAAGUGCCAACUUGUGCAACAUACGUUGACUCUAAGACUUUGGAGAAGAUUACCGAACGUAGUUACUGUAAAGAUUAUCAAAGAUUGGGCCUAGGAACUGUCAGUAGUUCUGCCACAAAGAACAAAACUGAAGCCUUCAGAGUGACUUCUGUCAAUAGUAACUACUCCGUGUGUAGGAGCUAUCCUGCCCUCGUGGCAGUACCAGCAGCAGUGAGUGACGAUAGCAUUCGUAAGUUUUCUCGAUGUUAUAGAUAUUUCAGAUUUCCUGUGAUUACAUGGUGUCAUCCGCGAACAAAGGCCCUUUUACUACGUGGAAGCAGUUUUCAUGGAAAGGGAGUUAUCGGGAUGUUGAAAGGAUCUCAAUCUUCUUCAGGUUCAUCCAGUGAAACAUCAGCACAUCUUGAGCAAGAGAAGUUCAUUUCUUUCAUUGUUGAAGUUGCACCUCUUGUCUCGGCACAUGGAAGUAGAAUAGGUAUGAAUGACUCCACAUUGAGUAUUUCCUCUCUAAUGUUGAGUUCCAGUGGUCUUGACAACUUUCCAACUCUUACUCCUGAGUUGGCACGACGUGGAAAUCCCCUGCAGAAGGCAGUGAAUACGCUACGUUCUUCUGGUGGUAAAAGUGGAAGACAACUACGUUGGGGUAGCUUAAAAGAAAGAAGACAAGGAUCCAUCACAAGUAUUGGCUCAGAGACGGGUUAUCACUCCACACGUAUAUCUGACUUUUCAAAUGGAUUGGAAGGAAAUAUUCAUACUUUCCACAAGGUAGCGCUCUAUGUGUUUGGAGAAAAAGCACAAAUCAAGGGUAUCAAACCAGAAUCGUAUCCAAACUGUGACUUCAUCCCAGUUGAUUUCACGGAAGUCCGCCAGAUUAAAGCAAGCUUUAAAAAAUUAAUGCGAGCAUGUGUUCCAAGUGAUCCUGUUACAGACCCAGACCAGAACUUUUACAGAAGCGUUGAAAACUCAGAAUGGUUAAACCAGCUUCAGAGCAUCAUGCAGCUAUCGGGAGCAGUGGUGGACUUGAUGGAUGUUCAAGGUUCUUCGGUCAUGAUCUGUCUUGAAGAUGGGUGGGAUGUGACAGCCCAGGUGUCUUCCAUAGCCCAGCUUUGUCUUGAUCCUUAUUAUCGAACAUUUGAAGGGUUUCACACCUUGAUUGAGAAAGAAUGGUUGGCCUUUGGCCACCGUUUCAGUCAUAGAGGUAACCAUACUGCUGCAACUGUGGCUAGUGGAUUUACUCCAGUGUUCUUGCAAUUUCUUGAUGUUGUUCACCAGAUUCAUUUACAGUUUCCUUUGUCAUUUGAGUUCAAUCAGUACUUUCUCAAGUUCUUGGCUUAUCAUCAUGUUUCGUGCCGAUUCCGUACAUUUCUUUUGGACAGCGAGUGUGAAAGAGAAGAAGCAGGUUGGUUAGCUGAUGAUAAAGGGUCAAAAUAUCGUGGUCUUGACAGUGGCUCUGAUGAUGAAACUGGAUUUUCUGUAAAGAUGGGAACUCUAACUAACUCAAAUUCUCUUGGACCAUCACUUUGGGAGUACAUAGAAAGACUGUGGGCAAGAUCUCCGAUGUUCUACAAUUUCUUUUAUGUUCCUCACCCUGAGGAUGGGGUAUUGAGACCAUACUCAAACAUCUCCAAUUUAGAGAUAUGGGAUUAUUUUCUGAAAGAAGAGCUCUCUCAUGGUCCUCCAUAUGAUCUGGAAGCAGUCGCUAUGGAGAAGCAGAAGGAAGAAGAAUCACAAGCAGCAGAUGGCAUUCCUCGAGAGACAUCUCGCAAGAUUGUUAAUGCUUGCUGUGAUAACAUGCAGACUGUUCAACCAGAUGUGUUUAGUCAUAUGCUAGAGAUUAUCCCAAACCUUGAAACAGAACUUGGACACUUGCCUCAGAAAUGGACAGUGUUGUGGGAUAAGCUAGAGCUACCAAGUUUUGAUUCAUUCUCUAGGCAAGCAUCUAUUACCACUCAACUCAUUCGGUCCCACGGAAGAUCCAUUCACAAAAGAUCAACUAUUGAGAUCUUGAUUCGAGGCAAGAUGGUUGGAGAGGCUAAUCAACCACAGGUUUACUCUCAUCCUCACCGUUUUGAGAAGUACAACUACACAACUCCAACGUAUUGUGAUUCCUGCUCUCAUAUACUCUGGGGUUUGGUAAAAACUGGUAUGAGAUGUAUGGACUGUGGUUACAACUGUCAUGAAAGAUGUAUGGAGUCAGUACCAAAGAACUGUACUAAGUACAAGUCUGUCAGUGAUUCUGGAGCUGCAUCUGUAGCUUUGUCAAAGGGUGGAAGUGCUGAAAAUUCAUCUGUGGCAUCUAGUGUGACAACAGUACAAACAAGUAGUCAGUAUUAUAACCAGUUUUCAUCUAAUGUGGCUGAAAACAGAACUCAUGAAGGUUACCUAUUUAAACGUGGAGCUCUUUUGAAGGGUUGGAAGCAGAGGUGGUUUGUGCUGGAUUCUAUAAAACAUCAAUUACGUUAUUAUGACAUAAUGGAGGAAUCUCAUUGUAAGGGGGUCAUUGAUUUAGCAGAAGUUGUUUCUGUAACAUUGGCUACUCCACCCCAAGGAUUUGCCAAGAAACUUGACGAAAAAUCGUUCUUCGAUUUGAAAACAAUACGAAGAAUAUACAACUUUAUGGCAGCUGACGGACAAACUGCUCAGGAAUGGAUAGAAAAAAUACAAGCAUGUCUGCAAUAAGAAAAACCUUUUGUUGUUGACAUUACCUUUAAAUUCAUAUAGAAUGCAAGAGAUACAAGUUGUCAUAUUUGAUUUAACAUGAAUAUAAAAGAAACAUUAGAAGCCAGAAUGACUGUUCUAGCAAGUUUCAUUGCUUAGAAUAAUGUAUCUUACAAUGCUGCGUACAUACCAGUUUUUUUAAUUAUUGUUAUUGUGAUAAUGAACUUAAUGUAGAAAUUUAACCGAUGUAGAGAACUUACCCAAACAUGCAUUAAGGCUUCCAGUCACUUGGCCCCCCAGUAGCACAUCGGUAUGUCUGCGGACUUACGACGCUAGAAACCGGGUUUCUAUACCCGUGGUGGGCAGAGCACAGAUAGCCCAUCGUGUAGCUUUGUGCUUAAUUACAAACAAACAAACCAGUCACUUAUGAUUUAUGUGUGUUUAGAGUUGAAAUGGAACUCUUCAAAGUAUGUAAGUGAUUUCUACAUAAAGUACAUUAGAUAAAUUGAUUUUCUUUGGAGAAAAACGUGACAACACUAUAUUGUUAGUUAUUUAGUUGUCUUAAACCUAAAAAAUAUCUGUUUUUGUUUUUCUAAUAAGAUAUAGUUUCACUUGUGUUAUAGAUUUAUUGGAAUUCCUUCCGUACGUGUUGAAGUAAUGAUGAGAAUGUUCCUGGAUAAUAUACUUGUUGACACCAAAGAUAUUUUUAAUCAUAUUCUGAAUUUAUUGUGGUAAAAUGCUUUUAAUUAGAAGCACAAUUGAAAGAGUGCUACAUGAAAUUAAUUUGCUUCCUUGUAUAGUAUACAGAAACUGAUGUUGUCAGUAGUUUUAAACUAGAAAUACUAAAGGUCUUCCUAUCUUGUGGUCAGGGCUGAUAACAAAUACAAGUAUUGUAAUUAUGCUACACUUCAGUGAAGGUUAAGAUUGUGUCCUAGAUAUUGUUUCAAACAAUAGUGCCUUUAAUUUAUUUCUUUCCUCAAAACUUAGUGAUGCUUCCAUGUUACUGAAUUUAAUAUUGAGGGAUGUUUGUGUUUCCAGUGGGCCUUCACAAAUACAGCGAGAUAAAAUGUUGGCCCCAAAGCCAUUGCAGAAACAUUAUGUGUGUCUUCACACUUGCCUUAUUUGUUGUAUUUUUAGUUAAUGUUAAUGCAAGUGCAUUUUAUGAGAUGUAGAAUGUAUGACAUUGUUUUGAGAAGUUUUAGCACACUAAAUAGUGCAAACCGAAUGAUAUAAUGGUCUAGAAAAUUCUAUAUUAUAUCGUCAAAAGUGGCAAUAUGCUGUUUUCAGGUUAAAUGUUUUAAUAUAUGUAGUAACAACAUUAAUUAUGGAAUGAUCUGAAAAAUGAGUGGUAUUUCCCUUUACGUUAUCUUUUUUUAUACAUACGUUUCUUUGUGUUAUGUUUACAGUCAAACUACAGACUCUUACUAUGAAAGCAACCCUUGCUUGUGUAGUUUAGAAGUUUGAGCAAAAACAAAAAAUUUCCUCAAAGCAUUCCUUGGAAAAAUCUUUUAGUUGUUACUGAUAUUUUUAAUAAAGAUAAUCCUAUUACUUUCUGUUUUAACCUGUAGAAUAAAACUGAUGCUUUUUUGUACAUGUAUAUGCAAAAAAAAAAUCCUUUUGAAUAAAGAGACUAGGCAUAUCUUGACAUAUCAAAACCAUUAGAGACUAUUUUUGGUCUCUUGAUUCUCCAUGAGUCUUUUUGUAACUCAAAUAAAUAUAUUUAUUUAUAUUAAAAUAAAAAGAUUAUUUUAAUUAAUCAGAUUUAAUAACCCAAAUUAAAAAAAGACGUUGAAUUGUUGCUCUAAAUUAUAGUUUUAAUGAAGAUCCUUGCAUAAACUGUCUUUAGAGGACUUGAGAGAACCAGUUUCAGUGUUGAAACUUUUCUUUGCUGUAAUAUAUGUAAGUAAUAUACUUUUAGUUACUCUACCACACACUAGUAUGGAAAGUACAUAAUUUUUAAUUACAAGAUAAACUGUGUGUUCUGCAUAUUUUUUUUUGAAUAGCAGAAAAGACAAUGGAAGUUUUAAGAUAAAAUAGAUGUCAUAUAAAUCGAAAUUAUCAUAUAUAAAUUGUUAUUAAUCAUACAUAUUUCUUUCUAGUGUAGUAGAAUUAAGAUUACAUAUUAGCUUCUCAGUGCUCUUCAACAAAUGGUUUGUUGGUGCAUAAUUUGAUAUUUUCUUAUUGUCUACCCAGUGAUGCUUUGCCUUUUUAGAUAAUCCAAGAAAGAUUUUGUAAAUAUUUAAUUUCAUCCUUUUCUAUAAAAUAACUCAAACUGUUUGGCAUAAAUGGCCCUGGUGCUUUGUGCCAUAAAUCCCCAACAACCAACCAAAUUCACUAAGCAGUAUUAUUUCCUAUGUCGCAGCAUGCACAUUCAAAACUUUUCGAUACCUGUAAUUGGUGUGUUCAUUUACCUAUUUAAUUUGUACAUCCUCUCACUUAUCUGUUGUGUACAUAUAUAUAUACAUGUAUCACUGUUUCUAUGGUAUGUUUUAUAAAAUGUCUAUUAAAGUGCAUGAAAAAAGCAUCUUGUUUCUUUCUGAGAAAAAUCAUUCCUACUAUGUAAUAACCAGUUAUAAAUGUUUUAAACUCUUAAAUCCUGUUGUUAAACGAUGUAGAAAUAAGAUUAGUUUAAAUAUACUUUCUUAGAUUUUUUUCAGGAGGAAAAAAACAAUGUUAACUGAUUUAUUUAUAAUGUUAAUAGAAUUGGAUAUAAAACAAACAAUGGUAGAUUGUAAACCAGUCAAACUUGUAUUACAAUAAUUGGGAAAAAAACAUUGAGUGAAAACAAUGGUCAAUGCCAAAUAUUGUAAGUUUUAAAAUAAAAAGUUAUGGGUAGUUUUGCAGGAGAUUGUAUGGUGAGAUUGAA